AAGUUUUGGUUUUGUCGUAAUCAGGUGGGAGAAACGAAAACCCUCGGGAAUCAUCAUCACCUCUGGUUCUUUCUCGUCCGUCGUCACUUUUUUUUACCUCAGAUUCCGGUGUCCUUCUUCCUUUCACUACUCCCGUUUAACCUCUCUACCUUGAAGUUGUCUCCGUGAGCGCUCUCUCUCUCUCUCUGCUUUGACUGUGCAACCAUGUCGACCAUUAUGCAGAAGAUCAAAGAAAUUGAAGAUGAGAUGGCCAAAACACAGAAGAAUAAAGCUACUUCUCAUCAUCUGGGUUUGUUAAAGGCCAAACUUGCUAAGCUACGGAGGGACCUUCUUGCACCACCUACCAAAGGUGCUGGUGGUGGUGCUGGUGAAGGUUUUGAUGUGACUAAAAGUGGAGAUUCUCGAGUUGGACUUGUUGGGUUUCCUUCUGUUGGAAAAUCAACGCUCUUGAACAAGCUGACUGGAACUUUUUCCGAGGUUGCUUCUUAUGAGUUCACGACUUUGACAUGCAUUCCUGGUGUUAUUACAUAUCGUGGAGCUAAAAUCCAGUUAUUAGAUCUUCCCGGUAUUAUUGAGGGUGCUAAAGACGGAAAAGGUAGAGGACGACAGGUUAUAAGUACUGCUAGGACAUGCAACUGCAUCUUAAUCGUUCUCGAUGCCAUAAAGCCAAUUACUCACAAGCGUCUCAUUGAAAAAGAGCUCGAAGGAUUUGGAAUAAGGUUGAACAAGGAACCACCAAAUUUGACGUUUAGGAAAAAAGACAAAGGUGGUAUCAAUCUAACUUCUACAGUCACUUGCACACACCUUGACCUCGACACUGUCAAGGCGAUUUGCGGUGAGUACAGGAUGCACAACGCUGACAUCACCCUGCGCUACGAUGCAACUGCUGAUGACCUCAUUGACGUCAUCGAGGGAAGUCGGAUAUAUAUGCCCUGUAUCUACGCUGUCAACAAGAUCGAUCAAAUCACACUAGAGGAGCUUGAAAUUUUGGACAAACUUCCUCAUUACUGUCCUAUCAGUGCGCAUCUGGAGUGGAAUCUUGACGGUCUUCUGGAUAAGAUAUGGGAAUACUUGGAUUUAACUCGAAUCUACACAAAACCGAAGGCAAUGAAUCCAGAUUAUGAUGAUCCGGUUAUCUUAUCUUCCAAGAAGAGAACAGUAGAGGACUUUUGCGUCCGGAUUCACAAAGACAUGCUUAAACAAUUCAAGUACGCUUUGGUUUGGGGUUCAAGUGCGAAACACAAGCCACAGAGAGUUGGAAAGGAACAUGAGCUCGAGGAUGAGGAUGUUGUUCAGAUCGUGAAAAAGAUAUGAUUUUUUUUCCAGAGAAGUCAAGAGAGCAACCAAAGUAGCCAUAAUGAGAUCUUCUAUUGGUUGGUUUACUCCUCAGCUUAUCCUUUUUAAUGUAUCAGACAGAGACGGAAUCCUGUCUCUGUGUCUGCACCCUUUUUUGUCUUUUUUGGAGACUUUUUUUGGUUAUAUCCGUUUCCAAGUAAUAGCAUGUGAUAGAUGUUGUCGGAACCCCCUCAUAUUAUUGUGUUUGCCUAGUAGUACUAUUAGGUAGAUUUUCUCUUUGUUUUUUUUUUUAAAAAAAAUUCUUCAUUGAAGUGACCAGGUCUUAUUAUUA